AUGGCUUCACACGUGCCUCGACCUGUGGCUCGAUAUGUGCCAGACGAGAUUUUACUGAUGAUUUUCUCGUAUGUCAAACUACCACAUAAUAUCGGGUCUCUACAUCCCAAUAUGGAAAGAAAGGGCCUUGAAACUUUGAAAGCCCUGGUCCGUUGCUCGAAGCGGUUCCAUCGCAUUGCGAAGCCUCUCCUAUAUAAGACAGUAUACGUUCGUAAUACUUUCGAACGUCACGCGCUUAUCAGGGCACUCUCGAGGCAACCAGACCUUGGCCGGCUUAUUCAUAACUUCCUAUUAGAUGACAUCACUUAUAUUCAUAAAUGCCCACACCCACGCCCACGCUCACGCCCACGCCCACGCUCACGCCCACGCCCAAUUCUCGACCGCAACAUAGUAAAUAACGAGAUCGAAAGCCCACAGAGGAAAUUUGCCCUACCCCCCGUAAUGAUGAAACGAAUGUUAAAGAGCCUCAGCUGUGACUCAGAAGUUGCCUUUCUACUUGCAUUUGUACCGAACCUGAAAUAUUUGUUCUUAGAUCUACCGAUCGGCACGGGCGUGUUGGACAUCUUUCAAUAUGUUACAGGGAAAAUUAAGCCUAGGCCUAGGGGACGACUAGGAGCUCCUGGAAACUUUAGACUUCUAUCAAAAGGCCACUUCUCGGAACUGCAAAACAUAAUACUAGGCAGUCGUAUAUUCCCGAGAGAUCCUGAUUCAAGAAUAUUCGCAACACUUGGCAAUUAUGUCGGAUCGUCGCAGAAACUUGAUAAGAGUCAACAAUUAAUUGUAGCGAUAUUCGACUUUCCCAAUCUCAUCUCGUUUUCCAUUGGUCGACUCUUUUGGGGCAGAUCGAUGUUAAACAAGAUCCCCGCGGUUUUAGGCCUACGACACAUAGACCUCGAUGUGAUAUGGCUAAAUAGCCGAUGUUUAAUAAAUUUACUCACCCAAUGCCCCAAUCUCUGUAGCCUCAGAUUUGCGACGCCCAACUACGAGUAUAGAGAGAAUUUCUCCAUCUCAUUAGAGGCAGUGGGUAAUUUUCUAAGAGACAGUAUAGACUCCUGCCUUGAGACACUUGUUAUCGAGCAACCUGUACCUCCAUACCCGGUCUUAACUCCAUACGGAUACACAGGUAUAAUUGGACCUCUUAGAGAGCUUCGAAAUCUGAGGACGCUCCAUAUUCCUCUACACUUCUUGGUCGGCAAUCGAUACCUUGAGAAGAGCCUCGAUGAAUGGCUACCGGAUUCGAUAGAAUCUAUUCGUAUCACCAAACGAUGCGUAUAUAAUUCUGAAUUUAUUCGCUACGUACAUGAUCAAGUCAUCCAGAUGGUCUCGAAGGGGACAGUGCCCAAUCUCCGAGAAGUACGGGCUGGUCUUUGCGGAGGGUCCCCUUUCUGUAUUGCACAUUACUUGAAAAAUGUUGGACGACCUGGUUGGACUGUUCGGUAUGCACUACAAGAUGACGAUCUUCGAAAGCAAAUAAAUCCGUGGCCUGAGAUACUCGAGGUGAUUUAA